AUGACAGUUACUUCUAAAAGACCAAAUUUCUUAAUUAUUGUUGCUGAUGAUUUAGGAUUUUCAGAUUUAUCACCAUUUGGAGGAGAAAUUCAUACACCAAAUCUUCAUAAACUUGCAACUGAAUCAGGUAUUAGAUUAACUGAUUUUCAUACCGCAUCAGCAUGUUCACCAACUAGAUCGAUGUUAUUAAGUGGUACAGAUAAUCAUAUUGCUGGAUUAGGACAAAUGGCAGAAUUUGCUGUUAAACAUGAAAGAUUUAAAAAUAAACCAGGUUAUGAAGGUUAUUUAAAUGAUAAAGUAGUUGCAAUAUCUGAAAUUUUAAAAGAUUCAGGUUAUUUUACUUGGAUUUCUGGGAAAUGGCAUUUAGGUUUAAAAAAACCAUAUUGGCCAAUUAAUAGAGGAUUUGAAAAAAGUUGGACUUUAUUACCAGGAGCUGGAAAUCAUUAUAAAUAUAUAGUACGUGAUGAAAAUGGUAAUCAAAUUCCAUUUUUACCAAAUUUAUUUGUAUCUGAUGAUAAAGAAUUAAAUCCUGAAGAAGAUAUACCUGAUGAUUUUUAUUCAACUGAAUAUUUCACCAAAAAGGCUAUUGAAUUUAUUGAUUCAACUCCUGAAAAUAAACCAUUUUUUGGAUUAUUAACAUAUACUGCUCCACAUUGGCCAUAUCAAGCACCACAAGAAAGAAUUGCUAAAUAUGAUGGAGUUUAUGAUAAUGGACCUGAAGAAUUAAGAAGAAGAAGAUUAUCACAAGCAAUUAAAUUAGGAUUAAUUGAUGAAAAUAUUAUUCCUCAUCCAAUUAAAACUAUUCGUAAAAGAUGGGAUGAAUUAACUGAUAAAGAAAAAGAAAUUGAAAGAAAAAUAGUUCAAACUUAUGCUGCAAUGGUUGAAAUAUUAGAUGAAAAUGUUGGUAAAAUUCUUGAUCAUUUAGAAUCAAAAGGAGAAUUAGAAAAUACAUUUAUUUUAUUCAUGUCUGAUAAUGGAGCAGAAGGAAUGUUUAUGGAAGCAUUACCAUUAUCAAAUCAAAGAAUCACUGGAUUUAUAAACAAAUAUUAUGAUAAUUCCUUAGAAAAUAUUGGUAAAUAUAAUUCAUUUACAUUUUAUGGAGAUCAAUGGGCUCAAGCAGCAACUGCACCUCAUGCAAUGUUUAAAGCAUGGUCAACAGAAGGAGCAAUUGUAUGUCCAUUAAUUAUUCAUUAUCCACCAUUAUUAAAACCAAAUCAUGGUAAGAUUUUUAAAGAAUUCACCACUGUUAUGGAUAUUCUUCCAACUGUUUUAGAAUUAGCUGGAGUUGAACAUCCCGGUGAACAAUAUAAAGGAAGAAAAGUAGUUCAACCAAGAGGUAAAUCUUGGGUAAGUUAUUUAUCUAAUAAAUCUAAUCAAGUUCAUGAUGAUGAUACUGUUACUGGUUGGGAAUUAUUUGGUCAACAAGCUAUUAGAAAAGGUCAAUAUAAAGCAGUAUUUAUUCCAAAACCAUUGGGUCCUGAAAAAUGGCAGUUGUAUAAUAUAAUUAAAGAUCCUGGUGAAACUAAUGAUUUGGCAAGUGUUGAACCUAAAAUAUUGGAAGAAUUAACUGGUCAUUGGGCUGUAUAUGCUGCUGAAACUGGGUUGAUUGAAUUAGGUGGUGAAUUUUUUGAAAAGGAAAAAAUUGAAGGUGAGGAUAAUGAAAUUAUCUACAGAACUAUUCUUGACAGUUAA